GCCUUUCGCAGUUGACCCAAUCCAUCAAUGGCUUGGACAAGAAGUUGCCGACUACAUUCUCUUACCAAUAAGAUCCCCACUCCAUCUCCUUCAAUCCUCACCUCCUUCUCCUUCUCCUUCUCCGAAAAUGGCCGCAAUCGACCUUCUCCCCAGAGAAUAUGGCUACGUCGUCCUCGUUCUUGUCCUCUACUCCUUUCUCAAUUUCUGGAUGGCCGGUCAGGUCGGCCGCGCUCGCAAGAAGUAUAAGGUCUUUUACCCUAAUUUAUACGCUCUCGAAUCCGAGAACAAGGAUGCUAAGCUCUUCAAUUGUGUCCAGAGGGGGCACCAGAAUUCACUGGAAAUGAUGCCUCUGUUCUUCAUGCUUAUGAUUUUGGGAGGAAUUGGGCAUCCUUGCCUUAGCGCUUCGUUUGGGAUUCUCUACGUCGUGUCUCGAUUCUUCUACUUCAAAGGUUACGCUACCGGCGUGCCUGAAAAGCGCCUCACCAUCGGGAAAUUUUCUUUUCUGGCGUUGCUUGGUUUGAUGGUUUGCACAAUCUCGUUUGCUGUUAAGCUUCUUCGUGAUUAAGGUCUGAUCCUGUAGAGGGAGCUUUGUCUGAUGUUGUAGUGUUCUUUAUCUUCCUGGUUCUCUUGGAUUUCAAUCUGCUACUUUUGAUUUUGGGUUUUGUGUAGUAUUUUGUGUUCUAAAGCGGUUGAAUAAGAAGACUGACUGGUUUUUUCCCCUCGUGUUCUUAUAGAAGUUGUAGCUAUUAAAUUAGAUAGUAAAUUUGAGA